AUGGGCCCCCGUACCGACUCCUCAUGCUGCUGCCAGGCCCGUAAUCUGUCAUGGGCCCCUGUACCGCCUCCUCAUGCUGCUGCCAGGCCCGUAAUCUGCCAUGGGCCCCCGUACCGACUCCUCAUGCUGCUGCCAGGCCCGUAAUCUGUCAUGGGCCCCUGUACCGCCUCCUCAUGCUGCUGCCAGGUCCAGAGUGUGUCAUGGGUCCCUGUACGGCCUCCCAUUGCUGCUGCCAGGCCCGUAAUCUGCCAUGGGCCCCUGUACCGCCUCCUCUUGCUGCUGCCAAGUCCAGAGUGUGUCAUGGGUCCCUGUACGGCCUCCCAUUGCUGCUGCCAGGCCCGUAAUCUGCCAUGGGCCCCCGUACCGACUCCUCAUGCUGCUGCCA